AUGCAUGAUGCCGUACUAGAUUACUACGGUCGCCGACUAGCAACAUGUUCAAGCGACAAGACAAUCAAGAUCUUCGAGAUUGAAGGUGACCAGCACCGGUUAACCGAGACAUUGAAAGGUCACGAAGGCGCAGUCUGGUGUGUAUCCUGGGCGCAUCCCAAAUUCGGCACCUUACUCGCCUCUUCCUCCUACGACGGGCGCGUCCACAUCUACCGCGAAUCCCCCUCCCAACUACCCACACAACAGCCGAUAUGGUCUCUCGUCUUCACCUCAACCAUCCACACCGCCUCCGUCAACAUGGUGGCCUGGGCACCCCCCGAGCUCGGCUGCCUGCUCGGCUGCGCCAGCUCGGACGGCAACGUCUCCGUCCUCGAAUUCCGCGACAAUCAAUGGGCCCACGUCAUUUUCCCGGCCCACGCCAUGGGCGUGAACGCAGUCAGUUGGGCCCCCGUGGGCGUUCCGGGCGCGAUCGCCCGCAAAGAUGGCGGAGCUGGCGCCCAGCCCACGCGUCGCUUUGUCACGGGUGGAAGCGACAAUGCCGUGAAGAUCUGGGAGUUUAACGCCUCGACGCAGAAUUAUGAAAAUACGCUCGUCCUACCGAAUGGGCAUACUGAUUGGGUCCGAGAUGUCGCCUGGUCGCCGACUUUGCUAUCGAAGACGUAUAUUGCGAGCGCUAGCCAGGAUAAGACGGUCAAGAUCUGGACCUCGACUGGCAGUAAUGCUGGGGACUGGACUUUGGCUAAGACACUGGAGUUCGAUGCCGUUCUGUGGCGAGUCAGCUGGAGUCUCUCGGGAAAUGUGCUCGCUAUCUCCGGUGGGGAUAAUAAGGUCACAUUGUGGAAGGAGGAUCUGAAGGGGAAUUGGGAAUUGGUGAGAGAGGUCACGGAAUGA